CUCUCUCUCUCUCCUCGCCCACUCAAAGUUUCAGCUUUUGAAUGAAAACCGUGGGUUCUUUUGGCUUCGAAAAGCUGGUUGCGACUUCUCCUUCGAAAACCAUGGGCAGUUUUUCCUGUCAGCUCCCACCAGAAACCCUCCCUCUCCAAAACCAGUUGCUGUGCUCGCCGUAUGUGCCACAGGCUCCUGUCUCCGUCCAUCGGCAUCACCCUCAUCUUCCCCACCAUAAAACCCGUCGAGCUCGCCUCUUCUCCUUCCUCAAUUUUGGAGAAGUUUCUUGGGUCUCCCUCCUUUUAUCCUGAACUGGGUUUUGAAAAAAAAAAGAGGCAAAAAGAUGGAAUCUUGCACUCCAUGGAUGAGGCUUUCCAGGCUCUCGGUGUUGCAUUUCGGGGUCUCUUGAGGUUUCGCUGACUUGGGUAUGUUCUUUUUAUCUGUCGGGCUGUGUGGGAAUCUCUCUGUUUUUUUGUUUAUCACGAGGUGAAAGAAGUCUGGUUCUGUAUGCGGGCAUUUGGCCUUCUUUGGGGAGGGGGUCAAAAAUUGUAUCUUUAUUGGCAAAAUCGGGCAUAGGAGAUUCAUUUCUGAGAGGGAAGGAAGAUUCGUAGGAGUGAACUGAAGAUAGAAUCUGUCUUUUGUUUUGUAUUAUGUUGAUGGAAACCAAUGGUUUAGGCGGCGGGAUUUAUGGAGGCAUUGGUCCAGGAAUGCUUGGUCUAGAAAUGCCUCUGCAUCAGCAGCAGAACCCCCCAAAUGCCCCAAGCCCUCACUCCUUGCACAACCCACAAUUGGUGGCCUAUGCCCCCCAUGAGGGCGACCGCCACCCUCAGUCUCAGCCGCCGGCGAAACCUGGGUAUGCCUACGCUGCUAAGUCCAACCAACAGUCGACCCUUAGUGAUGAUGACGAGGCCGGGUUCAAUGCUGAUGAUGGCGCUGGGGACGGCAAGAGGAAGGCGUCCUCUCCGUGGCAGAGGAUGAAGUGGACCGACAUCAUGGUUAGGCUCCUGAUAACGGCCGUGCUAUAUAUUGGCGACGAGGGGGGUUCGGAGUCGAACGACCCCAAAAAGAAGCCUGCGGGUUUGCUUCAGAAGAAAGGGAAGUGGAAGUCGGUAUCGCGAGCUAUGAUGGAAAAAGGGUUCUACGUGUCGCCGCAGCAGUGCGAGGACAAGUUCAAUGAUUUGAAUAAGAGGUAUAAGCGGGUCAACGACAUCCUCGGCAAGGGGACAGCUUGCCGGGUGGUGGAGAACCAGAGCUUGUUGGAGAUGAUGGAUUUGUCGCCGAAGAUGAAGGAAGAAGUUAAGAAGUUGCUCAACUCAAAGCAUUUGUUCUUUAGAGAGAUGUGUGCUUACCACAGUAGUUGCAGUCAUGGUCGGUGGCACCGGUGGCACCAGCGGUGCGCACCCCUCACCCGAGGUGGCUGUGGAGCCGUCUCACAUCCAGCAGCAGCAGCAGCAGUUGCCGCAGCAAGGGGAGGAAGCUGCGAAGAGGAAUCUGACGAUGACGAGGACGAAGACUCGGAAGAUGAGGAUGACGAUGAAAGUGAUGAUGAGGUGGGAGAAGUUGGUUCGAGGGGCCACAGCGGGCACGGACAUGAAGAUGAACACGAUCACAACGAGUCACGCAAAAGGCCGAGGAAAUGCCUAAUCUCGCUCUCUCCCGUGCUCAUGCAGCAGCUGAGCGGCGAGGUGAUGAGCGUGACGCAAGACGGCAACAGGAGCCCGUGGGAGAAGAAGCAGUGGAUGAAGGCGAAGCUGUUGCAGCUGGAGGAGCAGCAAGUGAGCUACCAGCUGCAGGCGUUCGAGCUCGAGAAGCAGAGGCUGAAGUGGGUGAAGUUCAGCGGCAAGAAGGAAAGGGAAAUGGAGAGAGCCAAGCUCGAGAACGAGCGGAGGAGGCUGGAGAACGAGAGGAUGAUGCUUCUCGUCCACCAGAAGGAGCUCGAAUUGCUCGAUCUUCAACAGCAGCAGCAACAUUCAGCCAACAAACGGAGCGAACCAUCCUCGAUCACGGGAUAAUUUGUACAUUUUGUGAGAUAGAGUAGACACAAAGAACUGGUUAUUCUUCAGAAAUGUAGUUGUGAUCUCAGUAUUUCUGUAUGAAUGUCACAUUCAAGGUACUUUUGAUGUGGUAA